AUUGUCUGUGAGUUGUGAAAAUAGAUCUGGAACCCCUCAACUCAAGUCUCCACCCCAAACACCGGAAUAUUUCCCCCCUCACCGUCCCUGCAUCCAUCAUGAGUCAAUCGGGUCUGCCUGCCGCCUCUGGUGCCUCAGAUGCCCCGGGGGCACCCUCGGCCUCACCCGCCUCGGCUGAUAUCUCGAGCAUCCGUCAAAAUCUAGCCGUCCUAUCCACGGGCUCGUCGGGCAUGGCCCAUCGGGAUCUGGGCGAGCGAUAUCGCCAGAUCCUGGAGCUAAUCCUCACCCUGGGCGAAGAUCAGCUAGUCCACGGGGUCAAGGCCUUCAUCGAGGCCAUCGUCAACGAGAACGUGUCGUUGGUGAUCUCGCGGCAAUUGUUGGCCGACUUGGUGUGCAAUCACCUGACCAAAAUGGAGGACUCGGUGUCCAAGGCUGUGUCGCAUUACACCUUGGAGAUCGUUCAGCCCCGCGUCAUCUCUUUUGAGGAUCAGGUGGGCGCCAUUCGGCAGCACUUGUCCGAUAUCUACGAGCGGGAAGAGAAUUGGCGAGAAGCGGCCAAGGUCUUGGUGGGCAUCCCGCUGGAAACGGGUCAGAAACAGUACUCGGUGGAUUACAAGCUCGAGACGUAUCUCAAGAUCGCUCGCCUCUAUCUCGAGGACGAUGAUUCCACGCAGGGCGAGGCCUACAUCAAUCGAGCUGCUCAAUUGCAGACCCAGACCAAGAACGCUCACCUUCAGAUCAUCUAUAAAGUUUGUCAAGCGCGGGUGUUGGAUUACAAGCGGAAAUUCAUCGAAGCCGCAUCCAGGUAUAACGAAUUGUCCUUCAAGACGAUUAUUCACGAAAGCGAGCGAAUCACUGCCUUGAAGAACGCCAUGAUCUGCACGAUUUUGGCCUCCGCGGGACAACAUCGAAGUCGUAUGUUAGCCACACUCUACAAGGACGAACGAUGCCAACAGAUGCCCGCCUUCAGUAUCCUGGAAAAAAUGUACUUGGAUCGCUUGAUCAAACGUUCGGAUUUGCACGAUUUUGAAGCCCUUUUGCAACCUCACCAAAAAGCCACGACGUCAGAUGGAUCCACCAUUUUGGAGCAUGCCGUGGUCGAGCACAAUCUCUUGGCCGCCAGUAAGCUCUAUAAUAAUAUCACUUUCGAAGGCCUGGGCGCUCUUUUGGAGAUUCCCGGUGAAAAGGCCGAACGCAUCGCCAGUAAAAUGAUCACCGAAGAGCGAAUGUUGGGGAGCAUCAACCAAAUCGACUCGAUCGUCCACUUUGAGAGCCGGGAUGUACUCGAGACCUGGGACAAACAAAUCCAGACCCUUUGCUUCCAAGUCAACUCCAUCAUGGAUAAGAUUGCCGCCGUCGAACCCACGUGGCUGGCCAAAGCCCUGGAUGAGCAGAUGACUUGAAAGCCAACCCCACAAUCCCCCACCCCCUAGUUUGCCACCAAUAAAAAAACGAUCCUUUAUUCAUGCUAAAACGAAAACAAGACGAAACAUUA